UCCGCCGUCCGGCCGUGAAGGCACAACAAGCAGAGCCGCUUUAAGUGCGCGAGAGAGCGGAUCAACCACUGACGCGAGCCCGCCCCUCCACACACACACAGAGAGAGAGGGAGGGAGGCACCAGAGAGAAAGAAGGAGAGAGAGAGAGGAUCAUUUUCGACUCAACUUAGCAGCCAAAAACAGCAAAAAUGGGUGAGCAGCCCAUCUUCAGUACGCGGGCCCACGUCUUCCAGAUCGACCCGAACACGAAGAAGAACUGGGUUCCCACGAGUAAACACGCUGUCACCGUCUCCUACUUCUACGACAGCACCAGGAAUGUAUAUCGAAUCAUCAGUCUGGACGGAUCCAAGGCCAUUAUCAACAGCACCAUCACCCCCAACAUGUCGUUCACUAAGACGUCACAGAAGUUUGGGCAGUGGGCCGACAGCCGGGCGAACACCGUCUACGGCCUCGGCUUCUCCUCCGAGAGUCAGCUAGCAAAGUUUGCGGAGAAGUUCAACGAGUUCAAAGAGGCGGCGCGGUUAGCGAAGGAGAAGUCUCAGGAGAAGAUGGAGCUCACCAGCACUCCCUCUCAGGAGUCGGCCGCAGGUGAUGUUCAGUCACCUUUGACCCCAGAGAGCAUCAACGGUACAGACGACGAGCAAGUGACACCAGACACGCCUCAGCCCCCCGAACCCCGAGCAGAGCCCUCCCAAAACGCACUGCCCUUCUCACACAGUUCAUCCAACAUCAACAAGCACUGGGAGGCGGAGCUGGCGGCGCUGAAAGGAAACAACGCCAAGCUGACGGCGGCUCUGCUCGAGUCCACGGCCAACGUCAAACAGUGGAAACAACAGCUGGCUGCGUAUCAGGAGGAAGCUGAGAGGCUCCACAAACGGGUGACAGAGCUCGAGUGCGUCAGCGGUCAAACGACGGUGAUCAAAUCUCAAAAGACGGAGCUCAACCAGACGAUAGAAGAGCUGGAGUUUGCUCUGAAAGCUAAAGAGGAAGAGUUGGAGCAGCUCAGAGAGGAAGUGGAGAGUGCCAACGAGUUUCAGUCUCAGAAAGAAACGCUCGCACUGAAACUAGAGGACACGGAGUCGAGGAACCAGACGUUGGAGUCUCAGCUGAGCGACCUGGAGCAGCGUCUGGAGAGCAGCCAGCAAGAGAGGGAAGCUUUCCGCAGCAGUCUGCGCUCGCUGCUCGAGCUGCUGGACAGUAAGAUCUUUGAGCUGACGGAGCUCAGAGACACGCUGUCCAAACUCAUCGAGAGCAGCUAGAGGCCUCACCACGACACACACACACGCUGAUGGAGCCCGUUUCUUCACUGCCACGACACAAUCAUCAUCUUACUCAUCAUCAUCAUCAUCAUCAUCAUCAUCAUCAUCUCACCACCGUCACGCCUCACUGCAUGCCGGCAAUCACUCUUAACUUGAAGUCUUCUUCUUUCUUCUCGACAUGUAUAUGAUACGUGUAAAAGAGUUUACACACAAGUUUUAUGCAUUAACGCUACUACACACACACACACACACACACACACAUACACACACACACACACACACACACACACACACACACACACACACACACACACACACAUCAUUCGGUACACGUUUACAACAAAAAAACAGCCAAGUGAAGAAGAGGCUUCGCUUGGACCAUCAUGCCUUCCCUCCUCCGCUCCACUCUGGAUUAUUCUUGACUCUCUUCAGAGAUAAACUGAAUUUCUUUUUUUUUUCUUUCUUUUCUUUUUUUUGGUCUCUUUUUAUUUUUCUUCAUCAUUCCGUUUCGAGGGGAUUUUUUUUUCGCGCCCCUUCAAUCGCAUCAAAUUUGAAGAAAAUUAGCUUUUUCUUUUUUUUUUUUUGGAGCUUCACUUUUGAUGCAUUUUACACCUGAAGCUGCUGCUCUUUUUCUCCCCUCAUCUCCUUUUAUUCAUCCCUUCUUCUUCUCCUUUUUUUCUCUUCCCUCGCUACUAACUUUAUUGUUAUAUAAACCACGUCAUCGUCAGCCAAAACGAACACUUCGGGAGACUUUUCCUACUGAUUUCAUCUUUUUUUUUUUGUUAUUUAACUCUUUUUGGAGGGUGACAGUGGGUCGAAUGUCAUGAAAGAAGAGAUAACCCCUCUCCUCCUUCUCCUCCUUCUCCUCCUCCUUCCUCACUCCCUUCUUCCUCCCUGUGAUUGUAAUCCACUUGAAGGACUGCCAAAAACAGCCAAAAAAAACAGGAGGACGACUUAUAUUCUUAUACAAUAUAUGAGCAAUACUAAAAAAACAAAAAAAAGGGAGCAUCAGAGGGGCAAAAAAACAAAAAAAAAAACACUUUCCAACUCUCACUUUCAGGUAAUUUACUCCUCUCUCUCUCUCUCUCUCUCUCUCUCUCUCUCUCUCUCUCUC